GUGUGGAUAUAUUUGGAUAAUGAGUUGUGCCGUUCUCCAAUCAGAUCGAACUGUGGAGUCGAGUGUAUCAUUUUUUUUUAAUCAAAGGGAUUGUUGUUGUUAUUGUAAUAUUCGUUAGUUAUCAAAUGUUUAGUGUUAACACUGCAAUUAAUAUUAAACAAUAUAAUUAAAUCACACGCCAUAAAAUAAUUCAGUACAUUCAAUAUUUUAAUUACGAAUUCUUUCCAACAUGGGAUGCGACGGAGGUACUAUACCCAAGAGGGACGAAUUAGUUCGAACAAAAAAAAAACCAGAACAGAAUAAAUCCUAAUGCGGCAUGGUCAAGAUGGCGUCAAGCUACAGUGCGAGAGUACAGAGUUCAAUUUCAUCUUGACUGUGUGACAGCAUAUCCUACAAGUCACCAGUGUCAUAAAAAAUAGCCCAAUUAUUAUUGUCAUUUACCAAAAAGACAAGUCAUCAGAUCAAUUAUAUCGUUGGCGUAAUUGUCAUAUAACUCAAGAAGCAUUAAGACCACCAAUAGUAGCCUGUGGUAUGGGUCUUUUAUACAACAAAGAAUCAGUUUUGCAGCAUUUAGUAAAUAAAACCCAAUUCCCUGAAGCUUCUGCACACAUUAAGAGUUUAAAGGAUAUCAAAGAACUAAAAUUGACUCCUAAUCCAGCUUUUAAAGGAAAAGCGCAGAAUGUUGGUGGAUAUAUGGACGAUCAUGUUUCACCUCAUAUUUGUCCUUUGGUUGGUUUGGAGAUGAAUGAUCGUUCUAAGUUCUGUUUUUUAUGGAAAUGUGGCUGUGUUAUGUCUGAAAGAGGUUUAAAAUUAGGAGCCGACAACAAAUGUGUAAAUUGUGUAGCUGAUUAUGAAGAAGAUGAUAUUGUUAUACUAAAUCCGACAACAGAUGAUAUUGAUUUAAUGAAGUCUAGAUUAGUAAAACGGAAAGAAAAGCUUAAAAGUAAAAAAAAUAAACAUAUUAAACAAGAAUUUGUAGCAAAAGAUGCCAAUCUAGUUGAGUCAACUAAUGAUGUAAUUAAUGAUAAAAAACCUAACCUACAAAAAAUGACUGAUAUAAUUAAAGUUGAAAAAACCAAUUUUGAGUUGAAAAUAAAAACUGAAAAAACUCAAACUAACGUUGAUUAUAAUUUGAAAAAAGAACAAACUAAACGGACCGCUAGUGCAGCAGGAACAAGUACGUCAAAUGUAGUCACCAACUGCCGAAAACUUGAAGAUCCCAUUUACAAAAAAGCAAAAAUCACCCACAGUAUUGCCAAGGACGAAUCUGCAACUAAUGUAUUUAAAUCUUUGUUUACAAGUCAUGAAGACGAUAAGAACCAAACACGAGCCCACUGGAUAACAUACAAUCCAUUUUAUAAUUAAAUGCUUAUUCUUGCUCUAGGUUUGUUCAUUUAACAUUUCACAUUCUAUUGACUCCUUAUAUAAUUUAAGCUUGAUUAUAGGUGUUUUAUAAAAUUAGCUUUGAAAAUUACUAUCAUAAUAUUAAAUAGUUACAAUUUAUAAUUUUAAUACAUUAUCAUCUGUACACAUUGCUACUAACAAAUAUCAAGUUUUGAUAACAAAUAUACUUGUUAAAACGUUAAUGAUAAAUAUAAUUAAUUUUUUUAUUUUGCACUAUUUUACUUGAAGUUUUUAAUUUUUCGCUUCUUUGUUUAACUUUAAGAGGAAGGACUUAGGACACCAUAUUUUUCUAAUUUUGUUAUAAUUGAUAACUAAUUUAAAAAUAUCAUAAGUAAAUAUCACCAAUAAUUUUAUUCAUUUAUAAUAAAAAAAAGUUUUCUCAAGCAUAUUUAUUCAAUAUCACAUGUUGCAACAUUUUUUUACCAAAUAAUAAUAAUGAUUUUAGUUUGAAUUUGUUUAAGAGUACACAAAUAAAUAGUAACAUCUUUAAAAUAAUAAAUGUAGGUAUUAAUAAAUAAUAUUUUAUUUCAUAACAAACAGGUUCAAAAUUAAAAAUGUUGAGCAAUAUUAUUUACAAAUAAAUUUUUAAGUGUGCUACGUAAUUAUGAUUUGUUGAAAGUAUUGCAUUACAUGCCUCUUCGUUUGAUGAACCUCACCAUUAAAAAUGGAAGUCCAAACCCUGAACUAAAAAAUAGAGCUAGAAGAGCAGUAAACUUAUACUUGCUGUAAACAUCGAAUGGCAAAUUUGAUCCAGGUCCGCCAUAUGCAUGACUGUUUCGUGCUGCUGUUGCUGAAAAAUUUCUAACCAGCUGCAAUCCUUUUGAAGCAAUCAUCUUAAAAUUUCACUGAAGACUAAAUGCCGCUAAAAUGGUUAAGGGACAAA